ACAUGGUAUUGACGGCUCAUGUCAUGUGAUUUUGGCAGCAUAAAUAGUAAAGGAGAAUCUCUUCUGGGAGUCAGACUGACUGAUAAUUUAUUGGUACGUCAUCCAAGCUUUGAUCAGCAGCACAUUGCAGCAAUGAGUUUGCCUUGGAAGGAGACUGAGAAAUCCACUCGAGAUGUGCAGAGGUUCUGCGAUAAGGUGAGGCCAGAUUUAGAGAAGAGGAUUGGACCGAAGUCUGUUUUCACUACCCUCAACUUCAGAGCGGCUGAUACUGAAAUACAGUACAUAGCCAAGGUGCAUGUUGGAGAGAAUGACUGUGCUCAUGUGAAAAUCUCUCAGACUCUCCCUUGCUAUGGAGGGGAAGUGAAGAUGCUUGAUUUCCAGUUUCCUAAAAAAAGAGAGGAUGAAAUCGAACCCUUCUGAAGAAGGGUACUUGCAGAGCGACUCAUACAUGGAAAAACACUUUUCAAUAAAGUCCUAAAGCAUAACUGUC